AUGGCGAAUUCUGAUGAACUUUUGAAGGUCCUCCAAAAUGGAGAAAAGGCGUAUGUUGAUGAGGUAUAUAGUAAAUGCUUUAAUGAUCAAGUCCAGAACAUUACAUGUCCACAAAUAAAAGGAUACUUGGCUGAUAAGAGUGAACAACUCCGUCAAGCUGUGUAUGACAAUUACCGAGAGUUCUUGGCUAUCACGAGAAGACUCGAAGAAAUUGAACAAGACUUCAUGACGAUUCAUACACAAUUUAACGCGAUUGGAACGGAGUUGGAUGAGUUGAACCAACACUACGCUACAGAGAUGAAAGAACAACAACAGAAGCUCGACAAGUUGGUGAAGGAACGAUCCGCCUUCUUGAAUAUCACAGCGGGAGAGUCGUCGGAUAAAAACGAUAUCAGCAGUCGCGUGCCACAAUUGCGGAAAGACAUCGAAACGAUACUCGACGCUCCCGCACUUCUCCAAGUCUACCUUUCGCAAUGGAACUUCGACGAGUGUAUCAAAAUUCACGACCAAGUGAAAAAACUCUUGGCGGACAAUACGUGUCUUAAAAACGUAUUGAAAGGGCACAUCGCAUUAAUUCAAUUUGAAGAAAUGAUCGACCACAUUGUCGAGAAGUUACAGAAGAGACUCUUUGACCUUUCACUCUCAACACGACAAACGGUUGUUAUCAUUAAUCACUUAAAGAAAGUAACAAACGAAGAGAAAGCAAUGCGAAUCUUCUUGGACGCUCGGAGUGAAGUGACCAAAGAAAGAGUUUCACGAGAAAUGGGGGGUGAGAGUGUCGUCAGUGCAACACAAGAUGUUUGUUUAUUUGCGUUUGGCUUAAUCAAAUCAACGAACACGAUCUUCACUACAGCAUUCACUACAGCACCACUCUCAUGCUUUUCUUCGUGGAACAUUUCAAUGACGAACUUUGUCUUAUCUUCCGUCGAGAAAAGAGUGUGCAACAAAGAAGUCAAACAAAACGCAGUAAAGAUCGAAUGCGUCGAUAAAAUACUCACAUUGUAUAACAAAAACAUCCCAGAGAAAUUGUCACUCAUUUUCAUCGUUAAAAAGUACUUGACUAAUAUCGUCAGAAGUUUGUCAAAAUCAAAGGACGACGUCGACCCAAAAAUUAUUAAAAAGCUCGCAGAAAACGGUUUUGUGUUCACCUUCUAA